UCGAAUGAAUGCUCAGACGUAUUUCAGAUAUUGACAAGCGUGGACGGCUAUCAUCUCGCUUCGUAUUGCUGUUUGCCUCACUGGGAAUGUGUGAACGGGAAGCCGUUUUAAAUGCCAGUUAAACACUCCAUACGUGUGUGUGAUAAUAAUAAAAGCAAUAUCUGUUUUGCUGUGUGUUUUGAGGCUAAUUAGUUAAUAAAAAGUUUAUCUCACUGCCAAAAAUAAUGAGUGCCUCCGUUGAAAAUACAGGUCCCGUUAUCGGCAUACGAUAUCUGCAGGCUGUGCUGCUCUUCCUGGCCAUUUGCGUCAAUUAUAUAGCCCGGCUAAAUGUGAGCGUCGCCGUUGUGGCCAUGACGGAUGCGGAGACAACCAAUUCGGAUUUUCCCGUAUACGACUGGACAGAGGCUGAGCGAUCCUACAUCUUGUCCAGCUUCUAUUGGGGCUAUAUUUUGACUCAGUUUCCAGCUGGAUUUCUGGUGCGAAUGUUUGGCGCCAAAGCUGUGUUAUUCAUACCCACCUUGGCCUCGGCAGUGUUGAGCGCACUGACGCCUUACUUCAUCAGCUGGGGCGGCUGGGUGGCGUUCAGUGUGCUUCGCAUCGUUAUGGGACUCUUCCAGGGUCUCAUAUUUCCCUGCAUACACGAGCAUUUGGCCAAAUGGUCGCCACCCAAGGAUCGCAAUCGUUUGGGUGUUAUCGCCUAUUCGGGUGCCGAUUGUGGCUCAGUGCUGGCGAUGGGCAUUAGCGGACUCAUUGCGGAUAGUUCGAUGGGCUGGCCGGGCAUAUCGUAUGUCUCGGCGGGAUUGUGUCUCAUCUGGUGUGUGCUUUGGCUGGUGUUUGGCUCCAACAAUGCGCCUAGCUCGUGGAUGGUCGGUGAAAGUGAACGUGAUUACAUUGAGCGUUCGAUGAAGCGAGAGGAUGGAUUCCAUGUACAGAAAAUACCGAUACCCUGGCGUGCAAUGUGGACAUCGGCGCCGUUCUAUGCACUGCUUGUUGUGCGCAGCGCUCAGGGCUGGGCCAAUUCGACCAUGCAGCUGCAGACGCCAGCGUAUAUGCACGGGGUUCUGGAGAUGGACAUCAAGAGCAAUGCCUUGUUCUCAGCUUUGCCGUUUUUGGCUAUGUGGUGCAUGUCGUAUGUGUAUCUGGCCAUUGCGGAUGUGAUCAUGUCCCGUAAGUGGUUGUCGUUGACCACGAUGCGUAAGUCCAUCAACACGGUGGCGUAUUGGGGUCCGGCUGCGGCGCUGAUUGGCAUCGGGUUUUUGGACAAGUCGCAGACGGAAUUGGCCAUUGCUCUGAUGACCAUUAAUGCUGGCUUAAAUGCGGGCUCUGGCAUUGGCAGCAUUUUGACCAUCAUCGAUAUGAGCCCCAAUCAUUCGGGCAUAGUUAUGGCCAUUGUGAAUGGAGUUGGCAAUAUUUUUCCCCUGCUAACUCCGCUGCUCGUGGGCGUCAUUGUCACGGAACCCAGCUCUCGAAGUCAGUGGCAAAUUGUAUUUGGCAUGACGGCCUUUGUCUUCAUCGUUGGCAAUCUAGUGUAUCUCAUUUGGGGCACCACGGACCAACAGCCUUGGGAUGCUGUGGACUUCUUGAAGCCGCUUCCCGACGCCGAACUGAAUCAAGAUGCAGUCUCUGACAAAAAACCAGAAGCUGGGCAUAAAGUGUUAGAGAAAACCAUGUGAAGCUCAAUUCAGCUAGGCGUCAAGUGCUUCGAACUCCACAUAAAACAAAUAAUUAAGAAUGCAAAUAAGUUGUUCGAUUUGUUGAUAAGCCAACAAGUUAUUCGAGUUUGUGGGAAUUCAUUUUUAAUUCUGGGACAAACGAGAAUUUGAUUAACCUCAGCCAAAUCGCAGAAACGAAACUGUUAACUAGAUUAUUAAGUAUAGGGUAACUUCUAGUCGAUGCUCAAUUUGUAUUUACCCGAUUUGUUAAUUUGAUUAUCUUACAAUA